CUUUACCAAUAGUCAAACUUCUUUCAUGUGUUUCAAACUCAUAACACCAUCAUGAUCUGAAACCUAAAUCUGCACAUCCAUUUCCUCUUGAAGAUCCAAAUUCCACACUCCGAUCUUCCGUUAGGUAAAUCCAGAUCUCAAUUUUCAAAUUCACACAUUCAUACACCACAAUCCACCACAUUUAUUCCAAUUUUCAGAUCAAUUCAUGCCGAAUCUCUCUCAAUUAACCUAAAUUUGCAAAAUUUAUCACCCUGAUUCGGUAACAGACAACUGUUGUUGAUCUCAUUCCAUAAUUUGUUAUUCAAAACCCUAAUUUCACACAAUCAAUCAAUUAGGUAUGCUAUGAUUGCAAUUGAUUAUGAUGAACUAUCAAUUCAGUUCAGAUAGUCCGAAAUCGUUUAAUGCGUAUCCGAAAGGUGAUUUCGAUAUCGAAUCGAAUUCGAUAAGAAAAAUUAGAAAACCUAAACAUUCAUCAUUUCAUCCUGUUAUACUGAUGAAAUCUGUUGGCAAUAGAGUAAUGUACUACUACAAGCUGCAUCCUGUGAUGCUGUUGUUGAUACUUUUAUCAUUUGGAGUUAUCAGUUUUGUAGUUGUGUCGGUUUACACGAGCGGUAUUGGUUAUGGUACUGAUUCUAGCAGAGUUGUUAAAGCUGGUUUAGAUAAUGGUUAUCCGUUUUCGAAGCUGCGUAACCUGGUGAUGGUUGCGGGGCAUUCGGUUUACACGAGUAGUAGUUGUGAGAAGGUUGAUAAGGAGGAUUCGUGGUUUUUGGAAUCGUAUCAGAAGAAUGCAGGUCAGGCUGCUACUUUUGUGGCGCAUAUAAAGGAGGGGGUUGAGAGUGCAGUUAGAGAUGAGGAGGCGUUGUUGUUGUUUAGUGGUGGGGAGACGCGUAAAGAUGCUGGUCCGCGAAGUGAGGCGCAGAGUUAUUGGAUGGUUGCUGAAUCGAAAGGGUGGUUUGGCAACCGAGAGAAGGUGAGAUGGAAAGCACUCACAGAAGAACACGCACGGGACAGCUUCGAGAAUCUUCUCUUUAGUGUAUGCCGGUUCAGGGAACUUACCGGCUCUUAUCCACAAAAUAUCACAGUUGUGGGUUAUGAUUUCAAGAAAGAACGAUUCGUUAACUUGCACCGUUCUGCAAUACGGUUCCCAGAGACACGAUUCGUCUACUUGGGCACCCCAGCUGCUACAACAUCAAAAGAAGCAGCACUAAAAGGUGAGGCAUUAGUGAGGACUCAGUUCCAACACGACCCGUACGCGUGUUUAGGUUCACUCCGUCGCAAAAAGAUUGGUCGGGAUCCUUUUCAUAGGUCAAUCCCUUACCCUAACGGCUGCCCAGAGAUUAAAGGCUUGUUCAGAUACUGUGGGGCUAAUAUAUACACAGGUUCCCUACCUUGGCCGUAAGAACACUGAUUAUACCUUUUUUUAUUCCAUAUUAUUUUUAGGAUUGUACGAUUUUGAGACGUUAUGGAAUACGUUAAUUUGAUAUAUUAUAUAGAAUGAUGAAAUGCUCGUGAUCGAGUUUCGAAGAAAA